AUGGCCAAUCAGCGCGGGCAGACGGACGGCCGCCAUCUUCACGUUUGAAUGGGCGGCGGUUUGUCGAGAUGUUGAAGCGAGUGCGUUCGGCUGUGUGGCGGUUUCUGCUAGGUAGCCCAGAGACCCGGGAACCCGAUCCGAAGGCUGGGGGAGAACCUGAAACUGAUCCAGGAGUUGGUAGCGGAGGCGUGGGCCGUACCGGCAGGAAGAGGCCGCGACUGAGUACACAGAGCUCAGAGGAACAGGAUGGAAGACCGUGGAAGCGACUUAAAGUGGGCGAGUUGGUGGAGGCAGUGAAGAACAGGGCAUUGGAGGCCUGGAACACCCCCAGCCUGGUGCUGAGGUGGCUGAAGAGUGGGAGUCCCUCACCGAGUGACCUGCCUGCCCCAUCCACCCCCCCUCCCUCUCCAUCUGGCACUCCUCGCCGCAGGUCCCGGCAUGCACUCGCCCCUACCCAGGCCUUCUCAAGCUCGCUGGGUGAUCCCUGUAUCUGCCAGUCCAGAGAACCAGUUUGGAUCCCUCUGGUCAAACCAGACUGCUGCCAGCUGCUGCCCAGGGAGGAGGCAAUGUUUGAUUACAGGGACGAGUUGGGGCUGAUGAACAGGCUCCCCCACAGCACUUGGGAGCCACACCCGGUGAAUGGACGCUCGAAGAAUCGGCUGGCGUUGCCCAGAACCCCCAGCCCCUCCCAUGGGCCUGGACUGUCCCAGUUUGUGCCGAUGUACACCAAGACCUUCAGCAGUCGGGGAGUCCCGGAGAGACCAGCAAGCAGGAGCCAUGCACGGACCGGCAGGAAGUUCUUCUCUACAGUUGAGGAGAGUAUUCGCCAGGAGGAGAAGGAAAUCUACAGGCAGCUGCUGGAAAUGGUGGCCUCUCAGCACACCAACAAGUUGCGGACCAUGCCCUUCUCCAGCCCACUGUCCCACCGUGAGCUACCGGGGUUCCUGAGUCCCAGGGAGCGAGGCUCUCCAAAGGUGCCACUUUUGGAGGAGAGUCGCAGGACAAGGGAGUGCCGCACUGCUGAGCUUCCACCUUGUCAUUUGUCAUGGGCUGAGCCACCCUCUGGAAGCCCCGACGUGUCUGAGACCCGUUUCAGUGCCAGCCCAGUGCUGAUGGAGGAGACCCCAGCAACAGACACUGUGUCCACAGGUUCGGACACUGAGUCUGUGAUUGUAGUGAAGGUGAAGGAAGCUCCAAAGCGCGAGAGUGAGAGGAUGCCGAAGUUUGAUGCUGUGCUUUGGAUUCGGGAACUCACCAGUAUGUACGAUUCCCGGGCCAGGGAAAGACGGAGACGCAUCGAGGAGCAGGAAGCCCUGGCAGAUCGCCUCCGACAGCAGAGGUUGCAAGAGAGUGAGACGCUCACAGCCAGGUUUCCUAGUCAGCUCCGACUGACCGUGCCUCUAGUGGAGGAGGUGCCUAUUGCCGAUAUAUCUCACCGGGAGCUGGAGCAUGAGGAACGUGUAGUCAGGGCAGAAGAGGAGCAGGAGGAGGAGAAAGAGGAGGAGGAGGAGGAGGAGCAGCUUCCACAGCUCACAGAGGAGAUGCAGGAGGAGGUUGACCGAGCUUUCCAGCCAGGGAAUGCUGAUGAGGUACUGAGCGAAGCCUUCCGUCUCACCAUCACCCGCAAGGACAUACAGACCCUCAACCACCUCAACUGGCUCAACGACGAGGUGAUUAACUUCUACAUGAACCUGUUGGUGGAACGCAGCCUCUCACCCUCACUGCCCUCGCUCCAUGCCUUCAACACCUUCUUCUUCCCCAAGCUGAAGAGUGAUGGUUACACCGCUGUGAAGCGCUGGACCAAGAGGGUCGAUGUCUUCGCCAUGGAUGUGCUGCUAAUCCCAGUUCACCUAGGUGUGCACUGGUGCCUGGCUGUGGUGGACUUCAGGAAGAAGAGCAUUUUCUACUACGACUCCAUGGGAGGGAGCAACGACGAGGCCUGCAGACUAUUGCUUCGUUACCUGAAGGAGGAGAGUCUGGAUAAGAAGAAGGUGGAGUUCGACGUCAGUGGUUGGGUCCUGGGCAGUAAACGCAGCCAGGAUAUCCCCCAGCAAAUGAAUGGGAGUGACUGUGGGAUGUUCACCUGUAAAUAUGCCGAUUACAUCAGCAGAGACCGACCAAUCCGCUUCUCACAGAAGGACAUGCCAUUCUUCAGACAGCUGAUGGCUUGGGAAAUCAUUCACCAGAAACUGCUCUGACACUGGGAGACUGACCUUCAACCCAUAACCUACGGCCGAGGCUGACCAAUCUGACCUCAAGUUGGAAGACUGUGGGAUUCCACGAUCGGGGAUGGGUUGUGGAGGAACCACGCCCGGCUCAGACCACCAGCCCUUCAGCCCUCCAGCAUCGGGUACCUCUGUGCAAUGGCAGGAAGGAUCCUGCUAGCAGCCCUUCUUUCCGGAGGGAGGACGUACCUGUUCUGUGUUCCAGCCCUCUGAGGGGAGGGAGUAGGGGGCACGAGAGGUCUGGACAAACCCCUUGAACAGUGUCAGCAGUCUUUCCUCUUGGCAUCAACUCCUAAGUCCUCUCCUCACACUCCAUUCACACUUUCUCUUCUCCCUGCAUCCUUUUCCCACACCUCUCCCCCACUCCAUCAGCUACUCUUCCUGUACCACUGUCCAGAACCCCCCGUCUCUCUCUCUCCCCCCCUUCAUUGCCACCUUUCUCUCUCUAACCCCCCCCCCCCAUAGUCUGAUCUGCCCACCCUUACCUCAGCAGAGACAGCAGCUUAAUGUGGCCUUAAUCUUGCUUCUAUCCACCCAAACCCUGCCAAUUGCUGGUGGGGCAGCAGAGCCUCUGGGACUCAUGGUUCAAAGUGGGGGGUCGUGGAGGUGGUGUGAACUCCUGCACACAGUGGGGGAUCCUUUAUUACUCCAGCUGCUGACUUCGCAUCUGCCAGCGACAGAUCCAUACAUCUCACCCCAACACUUCCGAACUGCUAGGCUAUGCAAGCCCCUAUCGUUUUCUAAACAGAUAGACCUCUAGAUUUUUUUUUCAACUUGAUUGGUAGAUUUUUGUGAUACAUCUUUUGUACAGAUCUCUAUUUUUGGGGAGUGCGACACCAUGUCUCACAACCCUGGACACAAAUAAAAUCAGACAUGUUUUUUGCAUCUAAUG